AAGCUGAUGACCCCAGAACCUUUGGUGGCCCCAGAGGUGAUUUCACUGGUCACUCUGGUCACUCUGGUCAAUCCGAUGACCCCAGACCCUUUGGUGGCCCCCAGACCCACCUGGGUGGCCAACCUGGUCACUCUGGUCAAUCCGAUGACCCCAGAACGUUUGGUGGCCCCAGAGGUGAUUUCACUGGUCACUCUGGUCAAUCCGAUGACCCCAGAACCUUUGGUGGCCCCCAGACCCACCUGGGUGGCCAACCUGGUCACUCUGGUCAAUCCGAUGACCCCAGAACGUUUGGUGGCCCCAGAGGUGAUUUCACUGGUCACUCUGGUCAAUCCGAUGACCCCAGAACCUUUGGUGGCCCCCAGACCCACCUGGGUGGCCAACCUGGUCACUCUGGUCAAUCCGAUGACCCCAGACCCUUUGGUGGCCCCAGAGGUGAUUUCACUGGUCACUCUGGUCAAUCCGAUGACCCCAGCCCCUCGGGCAGCCCCCGGCCCCACCUGGUUGUCCCCACCGGGCGCCCCGAGGAGCCCUCGCCCAGCCCGGGCCCCCCCGCGCUCCUGGAGGAACGCGCCCACGGCUUGGUCACCUACCUGACCAUCGCCCACCCCGUGCCCGCC